UGUAUGAAGGAAAACCCUGAUGAGAGGAUGAAUCCAGCCUAUAUAAUCUCUCAUAUACAUUUUGAAAAAUCCCAACUCUAAUUAGAGGCGUUGUUUUUAACAAAAUAAAUAAAUAAAUAAAAUGGAGAUAGUUAGAAAAGAAGAAGAGGGAGAUGAUGAGGAGGAGGAAGAGCUUAAAACAAUUCUCUUUUAUCAAUUUGAGUAUAUACCAAAUCAAACUCCUAAGAUUUUGGAGCUAAAGAAAAUGGAGAGCAACUGGACUUGGAUCAAGCAUAGUGAAUCUCAGUUAAAGUUAAUCAGCUCUCUCUUGCAGUACCAGAAUGAGGCUUGGGAUGGCAAGGUGGAUGUGGGGUGGCAUAUUCAAUCCGAUUGCGCCUCUCAGAAGAAUUCAGCAACUUCCUUGGAAACUGUUGCAUGUGAGUUUCCAGCACCUCCUGUUACCAGCAGACCUCCUGUGUAUGGAUUAACUGCAGCUGCAGUUUUCAUUACUAGCAACUCGCUCAGGAUGUCUAGUUCUUAA